CAGUUUAAUAUAGCUUAUCAAAACUGCAAAUAAGCAGCUGCUCGUCUAUUCACUGGUUUUUAAGCAAUCCAAAUUUAAAAGUUCAGUUUAAAAAGCAGCUAAGUGCUUGUGUUUGCGUUUUAAAAGCUCAAAAAAAUUCAAAGCUCGACCAGUAUCCUUGCUUUCCGAAUACUAGCAUAUACAUUUAACACUAAACUACCAUUUUCAGGCAUUUUCAUUCUGUGAUCCUAGUAAAAGUUUUUCUCUGAAAUGAUUUUUAUAGCCAAUAUCUUAAUUUUGACAAUUGUUUUUACGAGUGUAGCUAAAUAGUUGGUUAGUUGACCGAGAAUGCCGAGGUCGGGGCUGCCGUCGAUGAUGACACUGAAAGACGCCCGCGAGCUGUAAACGCCCCCUCGGCCCACAGCCCAGCCACUGCCCCUGCCCCUGCCCCUGCCUCGCAGCGUGUUAUCGUUAAUCGAUGGUCGCCCAUCAACAAAACUGAAAGCAAACAAGCAACAGGAGCCGCUUUGGGGUUGGCUGCGCAUCAGCGUCGACGACGACGUCGACGUCAACGUUGAAAAUAAACAGCGCAGCUGUUGGUGGCCGCAGCUGAGGCGACUGUCGACUGUCGACUGGCGACUGCCGAUGGCGACUCCUGAACCGCAUGACACUUGUAGUCACGAGUAGGCAGCUUGUCGCACAAGUCGCAUAACUGUAAUUCACACCUGGACGCCGCCGUGGGCAACAGGCAACAGGCAGCAGCAGGACAAUUUACCAGGUUGUGCUCGGGGCUCGGUGCGGCUGCGUGCGGCACUCAAGGUCGAGUGUUCGGUUCGGUCUAAUAAAAUAAUUAAAUUAAAAAUCUGACACGUACAUAUAAACAAAUUUAAAUAUAUGUAUAUAUAUAUCUGAUAGAUAUAUAAAAUUGUUGUUAAAAAUGCUGGCGGCACCAGAGAAUCGUUUUCAAUAUGUUUACUUUACGCUCUCCGGUCUGGUGGCCUGCACCAUGUUGAUACUCUUCUACAUCUCCAUGCGCACAACAAUUAAUGAACGCCUGCGCGAUGAUCUCAAGCUGAUGCAGCGGCAACUCUUCUAUCCAAAGCCAAAUCCGCACUGGAACUACAACAACAGCUGGCGACGCAUCGGAAAUGCAUCGCUAAGGCAUGAGAUAUAUGCCGCAUAUUUCGAUGUGCGCACGGAUAUUAUAAGCGGCGUAAGGCUGGACGAGGAGAUGACGGUUGGAUCAGUACGGAUUUUUGCAAUUUUGCCGGUGCGUCUGCGCGAUUCGCGGCUGAGCUGCAUUGUGCGCUUCGCGGACUUCACCAGCUACGAGAUUGUGGCCGAGGAGGCGGGCGCGAUGCACGAUGUGCACAAUAAUACCUUUGCGGCAUGGAGUAUUAUGUGCCCGCUUCAUGUGCCAAAAAAGUCGCCAGUGCGCCUGCCCCAAGCUGUGGCGCUCAGCUACGCAUCGAAUCGGCUGAGUCAUUUGAGUCCCAGCUACGUGCAAAUCAGCUAUCCCCGGAACAUGUCGGAGCUGUUUGCCAAGUCGCGACGCACGAUUUCCGUGUGCGUCGGCCCGCUUCAGGAGAACUACUCGAAUGUGCUGCGCCUCGUGGAGUUCGUGGAGAUGUACCGACUGCAGGGCGCGACGCACUUUUACUUCUACUAUGUGGAGGCCAGCGAGGAGGUGCGCCGCGUGCUGGCCCACUACCAGCAAAAGGGGCUGGCUGACGUGUUCGAGUGGAAUGUGCAGGCGCAUCUGCAUGAUCUGCACUAUGCGGGCAUCGUUGCGCAGUUCAACGACUGCGUCUAUCGCGCCAAUAUCGUGGACAAUCAUCGCUAUGCGGCUGUGGUGGAUCUGGACGAGGUAAUGAUGCCCCUCAAGCACAACUCCCUGGCGGACUAUCUGCGGCAGUGCGACGAGGGACGCACCUCGGGCUUUGUCUUUCGCAACGUCUUCUUCUACAGGCGCGACAGCAAUGACACCUUCAAUGCCCCGGCCCACCUCAUGAAUCGCGUGCUCUACACCCAGUCGAAGGUCCGACGCACCCUCGAGGUGCUGCCCGCGUAUGUGCGCAGCAAGGUGGUGGUCAAUGCGCGCUCCAUUGUGGAGAUGGGCAACCAUCAGGUGUAUCGCUCGGCGCCGGGCUAUGUGGAUCACAUUGUGCACCAGUCGGUCGGCCUGCUCUUCCACUAUCGGGACAAGUGCAUCAAUUGCAAAAUGGUGCUGAUUGUCGACUAUACGGCGCGACGCUUCGGCUCGCUGCUCUUUGAUCGCGUCGACGCCACGUGCCUGGAGGUCUUCAUGGAGCGGCACGGCAUCUGCACGCUGGCGUAGCCGUCGUCGUCCCUGGCAUGGCCUGUGCCUUAUCGCCCGCGUUAACGCCCACCAAAUGAGCGCCGAGCGCUCGACAUAUUCCGACUAUCCAGCGGCCAGUCUUGUGUUAUCCAUUGCGGCCUCAACAACAACAACC